UGUGAUAAUUUAAUUGGUGUAAAUCACGUGGCUGUCACAUGACGCGGCUGUAGGGCCCUGCCAGUGUUACACAGUCACAGUAGACAGUAGCUGAGCAGCAGCAGGCUGCAGAGAGAAGCAGCAGCACAGAGAGCAGAGCAGAGAGUCCUCCAUGGGAUUCCCAAGGCGGGUUGAAAAGGCAGAUUGGCUGGCUGACGUGAUGACGUCACCGGGAGAAGCGGCUCUCCUGCGGGCUGACAGCUGAUGGAGUCCCUGCUCCUCCUCCUCCUCCUCUCUCUCACACACACGGCUGCAUGGGGUCGCAUGAGGAGGACACGGAGCCCUGAAAUGACACUCUGAACUGGACAUCGACUGGAAGCACUGGGUUCGCGUUGAGUUGAGAGAAUGGAUGGAUGAUGAGUCUACAAGAUAAAGCUGUUUGUUUUUGAUCAGCUGACAGAGAAUCUGCCACAGUGGAUUUCUAAAUCCGGUACUCUCAUGCGUUGCCUUGUCAUUGAAACAUCAACAAGGCAGCUCACUUGAUCAAACACAUCACAAUGACUUGAAUGAGUGCCUUUUUGUUGUGUAUGCAGCCGGCUAUAUGAUAUCUUCAAUCCAGCAUCGCUAAAGUCCACCGUUUUGUGACCCACUUUUUUUUUGGGAAGUGUUCACUUUUAAUCAGUAUUGCAAAUCACCGAGAUAGCCGAGGGAACGCGCAAGUACUAUGCACCGUUGUCUCACAUCCGACACCGAACCAGUAACCUCAGCGGAGGAGCAGAGGCGCUCAUAACGGUACCGACCCCUCUGAAGAACCCCCCGACCUUCCUCCGGGUAUUUCUUUUUAUCCACGGGGGUGUGUAGAGAGCUGCAGGGAUGUUCGCCGCCGUGGAGCAUGGCCCGGUCCUCUGCAGCGACUCCAACAUCCUGUGCCUGUCCUGGAAGGGCCGGGUACCCAAGAGCGAGAAGGAGAAGCCGGUGUGCAGGAAGCGCUACUACGAGGAGGGCUGGCUGGCUACCGGGAACGGUCGAGGAGUCGUCGGGGUCACGUUCACGUCCAGCCACUGCAGACGGGACCGGCCCACCCCACAGAGAGUCAAUUUCAACCUCAGAGGACACAACAGCGAGGUGGUCUUGGUGCGGUGGAAUGAGCCCUUUCAGAAACUGGCUACCUGUGAUACAGAUGGAGGGAUCUUUGUUUGGAUCCAAUACGAGGGCCGCUGGUCAGUGGAGCUGGUCAAUGACCGUGGAGCGCAGGUGAGUGACUUCACCUGGUCCCAUGAUGGCACCCAGGCUCUUAUCUCCUACCGCGAUGGCUUUGUACUGGUGGGAUCAGUCAGCGGGCAGAGACACUGGUCCUCCGAGAUCAACCUGGAGAGCCAGAUUACCUGUGGUAUCUGGACCCCCGACGACCAGCAGGUGUUGUUUGGUACUGCAGAUGGACAGGUGAUAGUGAUGGACUGCCAUGGGCGCAUGCUGGCCCACAUUCUGCUGCAUGAGUCGGAUGGCAUCGUCAGCAUGUCCUGGAACUAUCCCAGUUUCCUGGUGGAGGACAGCAGUGAGAGCGACACGGACUCUGACGACUACUCCCCACCGCAAGUGCAGAGCCUGAAACCACUGCUGACAGUUAGCUUCACCUCCGGAGACAUCAGCCUGAUGAACAACUACGAUGACCUCUCUCCCACCCUCAUCCGCACCAGUCUGAAAGAUGUGGUGGUCCAGUGGUGCUCGCAGGGGGACCUCCUCGCAGUGGCAGGGAUGGAGAGGAUCCUCCUCUCCCCCGACCCCUCCUGUCAUCCCCCCACCAGGAACGCCCUCGUUAAGUUCUACAACGUUCAGGGUGAACACAUCUACACACUGGAAACACCGGCACAGCGACCCAUCACCACGCUGUGUUGGGGUCACCGGGACUCUCGCCUGUUCUUGGCCUGUGGCCCGGCGCUCUACGUAGUGCGAGUGGAGCACCGCGUUGCCAACCUGCAGCUUCUCUGCCAGCAGGGCAUCGCCACAGCAGUGAAGGAGGAAAAAGAUGUUGCCAAGCUCACCAUGCCUUCCCGCCUCUGUUCUUACGUCACUACUGCUUUCGUACCCACCAUCAAGCCCCCCAUCCCUGAUCCCAACAACAUGCGUGAUUUUGUGAGCUACCCAACAGCUGGAAACGAGCGUCUGCACUGUACCAUGAAGCGUACGGAGGAUAACCCUGAGGUGGGGGGGCCCUGCUACACUCUGUACCUGGAGUACCUAGGAGGUCUGGUGCCUAUCCUCAAAGGCCGGCGAAUAAGUAAACUGCGUCCAGAGUUUGUCAUUAUGGACCCCAAGACAGAUGGGAAAUCAGAUGAGAUAUACGGCAACAGUCUGAUAACUGCCAUGAUUGACAGCUGUAACUGCUCCGACUCCAGUGACAUCGAGCUGAGUGACGACUGGGUUGGCAAGAAAUCUCCAAAGAUAUCCAGGGGUAGCAAAUCGCCCAAACUACCAAGAGACUUAGUUUGUCCCUUUACCAACAGGAUCAACAUUGAUCCCAGAAAAUCGCCCAAACUGUCCCGCACCACACAAGAGAUCUCCAGGUCACCACGGUUACCUAUACGGAAACCCUCAAUUGGGUCACCCAGUCUAACACGGAGGGAAUUUCCUCUAGAUGACAUCACUCAGCAAAAUUACCUCGCUCAGGUCACAUCCAAUAUUUGGGGAACAAAGUUCAAGAUUGUGGGGCUCGCAACAUUCUUGCCAACUAAUCUUGGUGCAGUCAUCUAUAAGACGAGCCUCCUCCAUCUGCAGCCCAGACAGAUGACCAUCUACCUGCCAGAGGUGCGUAAAAUCUCCAUGGACUACAUCAAUCUGCCCGUCUUCAGCCCCAACGUCUUCAGUGAGGAUGAAGAUGACUUGCCUGUCACAGGCCCUGCUGGUACCACCGAUGACAACCCGCCCUGCACUGUCAACAUCCCUAUAGCCCCCAUCCAUAGUCCCGCCCAGGCCAUGUCCCCCGCCCAAAGCAUUGGUCUGGUCCAGUCACUCCUAGCCAAUCAAAAUGUUCAGCUAGAUGUCCUAACGAAUCCCACAGCAACCCCUGUUGGGGCCGCUGCUGGUGGGCCAGACCAAAGCCAGGACACCAUCCUGACAGCCCAGUACACUGUUCCCACCAGGUACUCCAGUCCUGGUCAGGUCAUCUUUGGAGGACUAGAAAUGGGUCGCCUGAUGGUGGGACCUCCACCUUCUCAUCAUCCUUCACAACAACAGCAACAACAACCAAGCCACCAUCAACAACAGCAGCAGCACCAACAACAACAAAUUCAGCACCACCACCAACAGCUUCAGCAGCAACAGCAACUCCAGCAUCAGCAGCUCCAACAGCAGCAGCAACAGCAACUCCAACAGCAGCAACAGCACCAACUCCAACAGCAGCACCAACUCCAACAGCAGCAGCAGCAGAUGCUCCAGCACCAACACUUACAACAGCAGCAGCAGCUUCAGCAACAGCACAUUCAGCAGCAGAUACAACACAUGCAGCAGCAGCAUCAACAUCAGCUCCAGCAGCAUAUACAACAGCAGCAACAACUACAACAGCACCAUCAACAUAUUCAGCAGCAACUGCAUCAACAGAUGCAUCAUCAACAGCACACACCGCAGCAGCAGCAUCACCAUCAACUUCAGCAGCCACUCCAAAUUCAAAUCCCCGUUCCUUCCAUUUCAUCAGGACAGUCUUCAGGUGCAGCUGUGCACCAGCUCCAGCAGGGGACACUGCAGAUACAGAUUCCUCAUCCACCUGCUGAUUUAGUGGUUGAGAGAGUGGUGGGGGGUGAACACGAGCACCUACUGAAAAUCAAAACCACUCGGUCAACUCCACAGCUGGCUGAGGGUGAUACACUGGUGUUUAGUGCCCCUCUAGAGCUCAGCAAGAUGAACCCCCCACCCCCCUAUCCCGGGACAGUGGCUGCCGCCGUGGCUGCUGCAGCAGCUGCCGCUGCCUCCGCAUCAGCCUCAGCUGCAGCCUCCAGUCCUGCAUCUGGAGCAGGAGGGGGCACCGGUGGGACUCCUCCCCCUGGUGAACUUUGUCUGAAGAAGGGAGAGUUAACACUUUAUCCUCCAGGUCAGCAACAAGCGCAGUACCCCACACCACUGGGAUAUGAGAGGAUAACAACGUUUGACAGUAGUGGGAAUGUGGAGGAAGUAUGUCGUCCUCGAACGCGCCUUGUCUGCAAUCAGAAUGUCUACACACUCCAGGGACCCGGCAGCUCCGCCACCCUCAGGGUCACCUCCUCCUCAUCCUCCUCCUCAGCCGACAAGAAGAUCCAGCUGCCCUACACCUCUGCCACACUCAACAGACUCACCGCACCUCGCUAUUCCAUACCCAGCGGAGACCCGCCCCCAUACCCUGACCCAGCCAAUCAGAACAGUGCGGUUGGCAGGAACCCCGGACAGAGGCUCGACAGCAGUCUGAUCCACGCCACUCUCAGGAGGAACAGCCGCGAGGCCGCUCUCAAAGUUUCCCAGAUGCUGGAGCCGCCCAGACCACUGCCUCCCAAGGCUAAAAACAGUAGUAGUGCACUAGCAGCCUCGUUCCAGCAGAGGGUGCCAACAGCCUUAUACACCUGCAGUCAGUGUAGCAGUGGAUCCAGUGUUGGAAGCACUGCCCCAGGGAGCACUAAUGGAAUAGCAGGAGGAACUAUUAUCAGGCAGGAUUUCCCUCCAGGGAACGGGGCACCACACAGCACAGUUAUUGUUCACUCCAACAGCACUACUCCUCUGGCCUCCCAGUCCUCUUACAGCCUGCUGAGUGCUCUUGAAGGAUCUGGGACUGCAGCAGCAGGAGGAGGAAGUAACAGAGACAGGGCUGAUUAUGUUAAUUCAGCAUUUACUGAGGAUGAAUCCCUGAACCAGUCACUGAGGAAUCUGGCGCUAGGGGGAAAUGAUGCAUCAGGGCUGGUUGUCAAACGCCCACCUCCCUAUCAGUGGGACCCAGCUGCCACAGAGGAGGUGUGGGUUCCUCAGGAACGGACAGCAACGCUGAAUCCCACCGCCCCCACCGGACCCCACAAACCACCCCCACUUAUUCUUAGCCCAGCUCAGCACUUGGAUGUGUCCAGGCUGCCUUUUGUCCUUUCCCCAAAGUCCCCCACCAGCCCAAGUGCUGCAUCAUUUCAAGCUGCUGCAGUAGCUGCAGGCUACCAAAUCUCUCUCCAGUACCCUCCAACAACUGCCUAUUCUGGAGCCCAGCUUCAGCCCAUCCCAGGGUCACCACGCCCCUGCUCCUCCCCAAAGGAGGUGGUGGCACCUGUACCCUUCUCACAACAGGAUGCAACCCUUGUCUUACCGCCUGGUUACCCGGCAAACCUGGCAAACCUGGCCUGCUGCCCUCUCCCACCUCUGUAUCCAGGAGGAAGUGCUUGUGCCGGGCUCCCCAUUCCCCCCAUUUCCCUUCACACUCCUUGGGGCACCUAUAAUUCUUGCCCGCCUUUGCCCAGUCCUGCAGUGCCCCUCCCACCCAAAGCAUCCCACAUGGCGGUAGAUAAAAAUGUUCUCUCGCCACCGCCUCCUCCCCCUCCUCCUCCACCACCCCCUCCGCCACCACCAGCAGAGCUGCAGAGCCAUGGAGGAUUACAAGAGGCCAUGGUAGAGGCUGGGGAAGCUUUUCAGGAGGUGCUCUCGUUGACUGAGAGCCCUGUCCCACAGCGGUCUGAGAAGUUCAGCAAGAAGAACCGCAAGCGGGUGGACGUGCGCACCGAGGAGGCUAACGUGCCACCUCUAGCUGAAGGAAGCAAGUCGAAAAAGGAGGGCAGAGCUUUGGGUGAUUUCAACUCGCUCAUCUCCAGUCCGCGGCUGGGAGGAAGGGACAAGAAGAAGCUGAAGGGACAGAAAGAGCAGCAGUUGAAGGCCAAGAAGCUGAGCAAGGGCACUGCCAAUAGUGAGUUCCAAGACAGUUCAGAAAGCGAGCCAGAGCUGUUCAUCAGCGGGGAUGAGCUGCUCAAUCAGUGCCAGAGCGGUAAGAAGGGCUGGAAGAGUAAGAGGAACUUGAGGGCUGCCAGCGAACUGGACGAGAUCAAGUGUCGAAAGGCCGAGAAGGAGGACCGAGGGCUGGGCAGCCAGGGGUUUGUGUACGUCAUGGCCAACAAGCAGCCGCUGUGGAAUGAAGCCACGCAGGUCUACCAGCUGGACUUCGGUGGGCGCGUCACACAGGAGUCUGCCAAGAACUUUCAAAUUGAACUGGAGGGCAGACAGGUCAUGCAGUUUGGCAGGAUUGAUGGCAAUGCCUACAUCCUGGACUUCCAGUAUCCCUUCUCUGCUGUGCAGGCCUUCGCAGUGGCUUUAGCCAAUGUUACACAACGCCUCAAAUGAGAUGUCCCCUCUCCCUACUUACCCUGAGUUAUAUCUGGGAUUUAAAUGCAAUCUGUUGAAGGGGCACAGUUGUUUCAUUUGAGAUUAAUAAACUUUUGAUUUUUGGAGAGAAGACUUAAAUCAGCCCUGGUCAUAGAGAGAGAUACAAUCAUGCUGCACUACACAAUGCUGCCACUAGAGUUGGUGCAAUAAGCAUUGGCUGCAUUCGCCAAGGACGCCCUCAGAUUUGCUCCGUUUGGCAGUCAGUGGUACCUUGCAGUGCAUGUAGGGCCAAAGAGCUGAGCUUUGGUAAUCAUCAUGCAAAUAAAUGCUGCUUUAGCUAGAAGAAGCUUGUAGACGUGAUAACCGAUCGGUUAACUGAGAGAGAGGGAUGUCGAGGUGCAGUUUUCAAAAGAAGCAGCAGUAAUACUUGAAAACCACACUCUGGAGAUCACAGUUGUUGUUUUGUUUUUUUCCCCAGAGCGCACAGGUACUACUGGGCACUGAAAUCCAUUGCUGUACAAACUUCAGUGAAACAGUUACCACUUUAUUAUACUGCUUUUGCUUUUAGGAUUUUAUUAAAUGACUAAACAUUGUGGAGGGUAGGAGGGUCUUUUUGUUUUUGCUCUCUGCCAUUCCUUUUGUUACUAUCUCAGUCUAUCUCGGCUGGAAUUGAGGCUUAGAUAUAUGCAUCAUUUAGGAGCACUACUAAGAGGUCACACUUUUCACUGUAGUCAAAGGUGUGUCACUGUUCAACACUUGGGGAGGUCAACGAGUAGAUGAGGCGAACUGCAGUCUUUUCCACAUAGUUUCCUGGGACUUUGAAGGAAGAAGGAAUGUUACUCUGCUACAUGGAUUAAUUUAUAUGUACAUUUUGUUCUUUAUCUAUUCAGAUAUGAAUUUUAACAUUAUUGUCAUUGUUUGUGAUAUACAAUCUUCAUACCCUGUCAACAUGGUUUUCAACUUACCUGCUUUAUUUGGGAGAACCGGUGGCUGAAUAUCGCUGUGGAGUAAUUCAGGUGGGAGGGUGUGUACUGAAUAGCUUUGACUGAUAUAUCCUGUACUUAGUGAAAUAUAUCUACAUAUGGUGACACGGGCGCUGAAGAAGUCGCCACGGCCUGGAUCGAACAACUCUGGCAUGAAGUGAUUUGUCACCUGCUGUCACUUCUGUGAAGUGAGUGUGUAGUUGGGGUGGAGUCUGCUCUUUAAGAACCACACUAAACAUGUAAGCAAGGUACAGGAAAUAUUUUUGUAUAUUUCACCUAUGCCAUUUCAUACUCUUUUCAGAAGUCAUGUAAAUACAUAUCAGUCAUAUGUAAAUGUUGUAAAAGAGACUCGGGUGACUUUGACAGAUGUCUGUUUACACCUGUCUCCACUGUGUUUUAAGUGUAAUUUCAGGUGUGGAGCGACGCUGUAGUACUGUUUUUAAAUUGACAGCUACAACCACAACAAAAACAGUUAAGCUGAAAUCAUUGUCACUGAAGUCUUUGAAGUCAGAACUCCAAUGAAGGAUGAAGCUAUUGUUCAUUUAGUAAGCUGACACUGAAAUCUGAAAAGCUGUUUUUUUUUUUUUUCCUUUCUUUCUUUCAGGCUGUCAAACUUGUAUUUGUGUUGAACUAAAGGACACAGAGCAGGGCCAGCUGAUAGGAGUAAAUUGCAAAUAUAAAUAAAUAGGUUUAUCUGUAUGAGAUGGUAGCCAAAAUCAUUAAAAAGGGCAGUAAUAUUAGGUGUGUUUAGGGUCACCUCUAUUUUGUGCCAAAAUAUGCAUUUGCUAAAAUUUAUAGUUUGAAAAUGGGCCUAGAGGAAAGUGUAACUUAAUUCUUGAAAUAGAAAACCAGCUCUGUUUUGGUCUCUGAAUUGAUGAGAUUAUUAAAUUCUUUAGUGUGAUCUUUAUGAUCACAACAAGAUGCAUGUCUGACAGAGGGGGGGUCGUAGGGAAGAUUAAAAAAAUGUAUGAUCCUAAAAAAUGAAAAGAACGCGAGCAUGUCAUAAAGAAAAUAUCCAUAUUUUUGUGUUAGUUGUGCAAUAUUUUCUUAGGGGGAAAACAAUCCUUUGUCAUCACUUUUGACCACAGUUUGAUACCAUUUCUUUUUAGUUCAGCAUCUCCGUUGCUGGUCUGUACAUUUUAUUUAUGAGAUUAUUUCCUGAAGGAGAUAUAGUAUCUAUACAUACUGUAUAUUGUGGAGUUUUCUGAACAUUUCUUUGUGUUGAUAAAAAUUUGUAACCCAAAUUGUGAGAUGGGAAGAUGAGGGGUUGGGUCGGGGAGGGCGGGGGUUUGGAAACGGGCAAAUUCUUCUGUGUUUUGUGAAGUUUGCAUUGGAUGGAAAAGAUGUGAAUGAGUAAGUGCACAGUUUAGUGUAGUUGGUAGACUAGUUAUGUAGAGUGUAACUGUCAAGUCAAGGUGUGUCUGUAUUCAACUGUGCAGUCUACCAAUCCCAUCAGUGUUAAAUCUAUUAUCUUUAAACGUGUGUGGUCAUGGCUUCUUACACACAUACACACACAUACACAGACAUCGUUCACACAAGUGUAAGCCACUGAGUUCAUGUUGAGAAUUGCCUAUGGACUUAGGUUAAGGAUUCACUUUAAACUGAUUUUAUGAGAUGACCUGUUGUAGAUAUUGUAGGAUUUGGCUUUUCUUUAGAAAAGGUAUGUGCUUUGUAUUUGUAGAUGUUAGACCUAAAUGACAAAAACACUUGAAAAGAAUCUGAGUCUGAUUUGGUGACUGAACGUUUAUAGUGAAUGGAUAGUAAGGCAUGCCAUGUAAAUUAUUUUAUAAUUGUAUAUGUCACGCAUCUUUUGAAUAAAACGUCAUUGUUUCCGAAAAAA